AUGGUGCACACGUUGCCUACGCUUUCUUCCCAAACACGAAGCACGAUGGCCUCCGAAAAGCAUUCCAUCCUCUCUCUACCCUACUCCACCCGCGCCGAACAGCCCAAUACGUCCCCAUUAGCGACGUAUCUCCUCAGCCUCAUCUCCAUAAAGCGCUCCAACCUCUGCGUAUCCGCAGAUGUCCACACUACAUACGAUCUACUGAGCGUGGCAGAAGAAGUCGGUGACUCCAUAUGCGUGCUCAAGACCCAUGCCGAUAUCAUAGACGAUUGGUCAGAGAAGACCAUUCGAGGCUUGGAGGAGAUAUCGAGAAGGAAGCAUUUCCUGCUCUUUGAGGAUAGGAAGCUUGGAGACAUUGGAAACACGAUUCAAAGUCAAUACACACGUGGACCCCUUGCAAUCUGCACAUGGGCUCACCUUACAAACGCUCACCUCCUCCCGGGCCCUUCCAUAGUUCCCCUCCUCUUUUCCGCCGCCUCUUCCUGUCUUACAUCCCUGAACCAAUCUGUCGACACUACAAUAACAGCCGGCACGCCCCGCCUCUCUCUCGACAGCAGCAAUGCCGCAGACUCACCUGACCGACCCUCGAGCAUCUUCACUUCUACCUCUGUAACAUCUACAUCGCCCGCCCCGUCCUUCCCCGUCGCGUCGCCCACAAGUCCUAAUUCUAGCACGAGCGCAAGUCCACCGCAGACGCUGUUUUCGCACACAAGGAGGAAAGGGAGAGCGGGGAGUCUGACUACGGCUACGACGACCAUAUCACAGACCUUUGAGCCUACAUCGCCGCGGCACCCUGUGAGUCUGAUGCACUCCCUGUCUAUGGGCGAAGACUCGGAUGAGCCGCAAACCAAGCAGAAGGCGCUGGAAGAGCUGGGGCUCCCACCACACGCUCGUGGUCUCCUCCUGCUUGCGGAGAUGAGCUCGGCGGGCAAUCUCUUGACGCCAGAGUAUACCAAUGCAUGCAUAAAAGCCGCAAGGGAGAACCAAGACUUCGUGCUUGGAUUCGUUGCACAACGGUCCCUGAAUCAAGAAGCGGAUGAUGCGUUCCUCACGUUUGCGCCUGGGGUCUCACUGCCGAGAGAGGGAGAUGAGCUGGUGAAGGGUGAUGGCAAAGGCCAACAGUACAGGGGCCCAGAGCAGGUGGUAGGGAGGGACGGGGUGGAUGUUGUGAUUGUGGGGAGGGGGGUCCUGGGAGCUAUGGAUAGGGAAAGAGAGGCGGAAAGGUACAGGAAGGCUGCUUGGAAAGCUUAUGAGGGGAGGAUCGGGAGGAGGUAG